AUGUCCUUGUCCAUGCGAGAAGGAGAGACCCUGAAGGCCUACUCAGACAGGUAUUGGGAGAUGUAUAACGAGAUAAAGGGAAAUUAUGAUGACGUCGCCAUCAGUACAUUCAAGAGAGGCCUGCUAACAGAGCACGGUUUAAGAAAGUCCCUGAUUGGGAAACCGAUCACCAACGUGUGUCAACUUAUGGACCGAAUCGACAAGUACAAGAGAGUCGAAGAGGACCAACAGAAGAGAAAGGGAAAAGCAAAGGUUGUCCCUCAAGAGAGGAAGGACUUCAGGUCGGACCGCUUUAACAACAGUAACCGGCCGAGAAGGGAUUACUCGGAGCAGUUUGGAUCCACCGGGGCACAAGCAGUCCAUGUUGUGUUUCGAGAACCACUACACAAGAUCCUAGAGAAAGUCAAGAACGAACUGUUCUUUCAAUGGCCAAGUAGGAUGGCAGGCGACCCUGAGAAAUGUAACCAGAGCCUAUAUUGCGAAUAUCACCAAGAACCGAGCCAUAUCACAAAUGACUGCAGAAAUCUGAAAAACCACUUAGACCGGCUGGUCCGAGAGGGAAAGCUGAGACACCUCUUGCAUCAUCCUGUUGGACGGCAGGAGCAGACGAGCGUCGAGGCAAGACAAAGCACAUUGAGACCGCCUAUUGGCACGAUAAACGUCAUUCUCGCUGCUCCAGGAAGAACCGGCUCCCAUCCUUCUAGAGUGAUGUCGGUGGCCCGACUCCCCGUUAAAGCUGACGAUCGGGAGUCUAAGAGGGCUAAAGGGAUGGCCUCACCCACUCUCGGAUUCUCGGAUGAGGAUAAAAUUGGAACUAUCCAGCUCUACGACGAUGCUUUAGUCAUCACACUUAAGAUUGGGGGAUAUGACGUGAAGAGGGUGCUAGUCGAUCAGGGCAGUACCGUGGAAGUAAUGUACCCCGACUUGUACAAGGGGCUAAAGCUGAGACCAGAAGACCUGACAGCAUAUGACUUCCCUUUGGUGAGUUUUGAAGGGAAAACUGUCACUCCGAAAGGCCAGAUUAGGCUGCCUAUACAGACAGGCUCGGACAUAGUGGAGGUGGACUUCAUAGUGGUGGACGCAUACUCACCCUACACCGCGGCUUCAUGCCCUAGGAGCUGUAUCAUCAACCUUACACCAAAAGGUGAAGUACCCGUUGGAGGGUCGGGUCAAAGAAGUGAUAGGGGACCAAGCCGUGGCCUGGCAAUGCAUGGUGUCUGCCAUCUCACGACGACCGAGUACUGA